UGUGCCCGUAUUACAGUUUCCCGCACAUAUUCGCGGUUAUGUUGUGAUUCUUUCUUAAUUAAGUACUAUUAAGUAUAGUUUUAAUUUUAUUGUUUAGAGACAUCAGCAAGUUUAGAUUCAACCGAUAACCAUCAGUUGGUUGAGCGAAAAACUUAUAUUAUUUGUUGUAUCAGUUUGCAAUAGAAUCAAAUGGAACAUUUUACUUUGGAACUGAGGCCACGCUUAAGGUCUCACUGUGCUUUUUUAACAUUUGAAAAAAAUAUUGACUCUACUGCGAUUAAAAUCAAAUUACAAAAAGCUUCCAUUGAAAUUGAAACCGAAGAAAAAAAUUACUCCCUUUCUUUGCCUGACAUAAAAUUAUGGCCUUUUUACUUGGGAUCCCUACAAGUGACAGGUCGUUGGAUAUACUUUAGAAUUAUUACUCCGUCAAAUUUGUGUAUUGAAUUAUUUAAAACUACAACUGUCGACUUGGAUGAUCAAUUGAGUAAAUCGACAAUUAUUGAUCCGCACGUUGCAAAUUUGCCGUCAAAGAAUGAAGAUUGCAAAUUGAUUUGCACUUGCUGUAAAAAUCAAAUCACAAAGACUGUCAGUUUUAACAGAAUUUUGUCGUUGCCAAGUUCGGAUUGUGAUCCUCAGGAAUGGUAUUGCUGUAAUCAUGGUCACAACAAUGAAAUUUCACUAGAGCCAAAAAAAUCAGAUUUAUUUUAUUCUUUCAACCGCUGUGUUUUUAACCAACGUAUCUUUGAGAAUUUAAAAAUAAAGAAUUCCUUAAUUCAUUGCAACAAAUGUCUUUCUAUAAUUGGCUCGUGUAGAAAAAAAAAGGAAAGCCUUCAAUUUUGGAACUGUUGCAUAGAGUAUGAUAUUUUACGCAAGGAGCCAAAGAUCGAGAAAUCUAAUUCUUGUUUAAGUGAUUUUUUGUCUGCCGUCAAAUGCACCACUAAUAUGACUUUUGGUGAACAAAUACUGCUAGAAGCUCGUGACGUAAAUAGUGUUCAUUAUCUGUUCAUAGAAAUUUUUUCACCUAAGUUGAGAAUUAUCACUGAGGAUAAAGCGAAUUUUCAACAGCAAAUAUUGUCUCUGAAGUCCUUGUUUGUGGUGAAAGUGUCAUACAAGUAUGGUGAAAAUCCAAAGAGAAAAAUAAAUUAUGAUUUAAAUACAAAUUAUUGUGAAGUAGCUGUACCCAGUAUUUUGGCUGGCAUCAGCGAGCUUGUGUCUUCCAGUGCAAGGUUUCCUCCAGCUUACAGAAAAAUGGGUGACUCUUACAUGGGAUACUUGUUAUUUUGA